AUGUUUAUAGAGAUCAUCAACAUCCUCAUCACCUUCCUCAUCAUCAUCGCCAUCGUCAUCACCAGCAUCCUUAUCAUCAUCACCAGAGGACCCACUCCCCGGGAGCUGUUGGAGCGGCUGUCCCGCAGUGAGAUACGCAGCAUCAGCGACCUCCAGCGGCUCCUGGAGCUAGACUUGGAAGAGAAUGAGGUGAUCGGGGAGAACAAACAGAGGUACCACAACAAGGCCUUCCCCCACAGCUACUCACAGCUGAAGAGCUCUCAGACACACUCCAGGCACAAGAGGAGCAUCGAGGAGGCGUUACCCGCGGUGUGUAAGACUCGUACGGUGAUCUACGAGAUCCCUCGGAGCCAGGUGGAUCCCACCUCCGCUAACUUCAUCAUCUGGCCCCCCUGUGUAGAGGUGAAGAGAUGUACCGGAUGCUGCAACACCAGCAACAUGCACUGCCUGCCUUCCCGCAAGCACCACCGCACUGUCAAGGUGGCUAAGGUGGAGUAUGUGAGGAGGCGUCCUAAACUGAAGGAGGUGCUGGUGCGGCUGGAGGAGCACCUUGAGUGUAUAUGCACCUCCAAACGACACAUCAAGGACCUCUACGAUACAGACAAUGGUAAAUAUCUUGCUCUACUCUACUGCUGACAGUGUGUGCGUCAGCUACUGUCUGAGAGUGUCUCUCUACACUGAUAUAAACUGAUAACAGUUGAGGAAUUUAAAUGGUUCUCCCUCAGGGUA